AUGCUUAUGGACUUCUGCAAGCGUUCUGGUCUAGCUCCGGCUUUCCGAGUAUUUUUUGUCGAAAGUGUGUGCGACGAUGCUGAAAUAAUUGACUCCAACAUUACUGAGGUGAAGAUCAAUUCACCCGACUACAAAGGCAUUAUGACCCAAGAGGAGGCUAAGGAAGAUUUUAUGAAAAGAAUAGAAAACUACAAGUUGCAGUAUGAACCAUUAGAUGAAGAAAUCGACGAUGAUCUUUCGUUCAUUAAGGUAAUUAAUGCUGGAAAGUCGUUCUUUGUCCAUAAUGUGAAUGGCCACAUUCAAAGCAGAGUAGUCUACUUCUUGAUGAAUAUCCAUUUAUUACCAAGAAGCAUCUAUUUGACGAGGCACGGUGAAAGCGAGUAUAAUCAAAUUGGAAGAUUGGGUGGUGAUAGCCCACUUAGUCAAAAUGGCCUCAAUUACGCCGAUAAGUUGAGGGAGUACUUCCAGGUAGAAGGACUGAAGGAUCUGAGAGUUUGGUCAUCGCAAAAGAUUCGUGCUGCUCAAACUGCGUCAAAUAUGCGAGGUCUCGCCUCGAACGUGGAAUACUGGAAAGUUCUUGAUGAAAUUGAUGCGGGCAUCUGCGAAGGUCUCACGUAUGAAGAUUUCGAAGCUCGAUACCCCAAACAAUUCGCAGAAAGGGAUAAAGAUAAAUAUCACUACAGAUAUCCUAGCGGCGAGAGCUAUGAAGACCUGGUUGCUCGUCUUGAGCCGGUAAUUAUGGAGCUUGAACGUCAGUCGGAUGUGUUAGUUAUCUCUCAUCAGGCUGUCCUGCGUUGUGUUCUGGCAUAUUUUACCAACAAAAAUCGCGAAGAACUACCAUAUCUGAAGGUUCCUUUGCACACCGUUAUCAAGCUUACUCCAAAGGCCUACUCCUGUGAAGUUGAAAUGUAUAAGUUUGACGUCAAAGCGGUAAAUACAUACCGUGAAAAACCAGGAGAACCGUGGGAGGAUGCCGAUGGAGUUGGCUAUUGUCACUCACCAUGGUAG